UCACUCUUAUUGUAUAUAGAACAUUCACUAGUUUGUUCAAGAAAAAGCUCUUGACUGUGAACAUCCUACAUGGGGAUUGCUUUAGACAUAUAAUGGCAUACUGUUGGUUUGUGGUUUGUCAAGUGGGCAAAAGGGGAAAUUUGGAGGUUGGGGUUUGCUAGCAUACUAUUAAAGAUACACGAGUGCAAAAAACUGUGGUGUGGGUGCUUUACAGGAAGGUUGUCUGCACUGGGCCAUCCCAUUUAUGCCGGUGCCUCAAGUGAAGUGCAGCCACAUACAGACAGACGGGCCAAGAGUGAGUGAGAAGGAGGCCUGGGAACCUUUUACAUACUCGAGUCAAUAACGUACAUUUUUAUUUUUCAGGAGGUUUGUUUUUACUUGACAACUAAGGGCCACAUUUUGGAAUAGAUCAAAUGCUGCUGAGAUUGUGUUAUCAAGGGAUGGCAUAGCUGCUGUCGGGACAGCUGAUGGGAGGAGUCAACUCAAUUGAACCAAAGACCUCAUGUGUCCAAAUUGGUUUUAGAGAAGACGAGAGGAGUCCUAAUCCUACCUAGCAAAGACAAUAGAGGCAAUUGUAUGAAGAUUCAACAGCAACAGCAUGAACAGUAUUCUUUCAAAUGAAAUUAUUGAAAAAAAAAAUCUAUUUUAGGUUUAUACCCAUUAUCUUCUGGAUGUGUUCUUCAGCCAGUUAUGCCCUCCCUCUGAGGAGAAGCAGUGAGGUAUCAUCAGCAGCUCCUGGGCGGCUCUGUGGAGUGGGACCAAAACCUCAUGGAUCUUUGCAAGAGAGUGAGAUGGAUGCAGCUUGGCAAGAACUGAUGGCCAUUACAGAACUACAGGAGUUUGAAGCCCCUGGUGAAAGUGCCUUUGAAACAACACCGUACCAAACCAUGGCACCCAUAGAGCCUUAUGGAAUUGCUGCAGAGCCUCCUCCUGGAUCCUGUGAGGUCAGCUCCAAUCAUUAUGACGGAUGCUACUCUGAAGAAGUGCCUGUGCAUCAUCAGCACAGCACCCAGUCACAGUACAGACACCCUGAGUCACAAACUAAUCAAAAAGUACCACCAGAAUCUGCUCACUCUCUCUUGGCUUUGAGAGACUCAGUUGCCUCAUCGGGGGAGUGUCGUGGCCCGUGGAGGGACAGCACCCAGAACCUUUACAGACACAUGCUGUGGACACAAGGACAAACUUCACAUCGCCUGAACAAUGACCUGGAGUCUGACUCAGGCCUCUCUUUAGGCUCCAGUCCUCCUCUGGCCUCUCCAGAUGUGAGCAAUGGGGCAACUGGUAACCAGAUAGACAUUAAAGACUGCCAUUAUGAAAGCCAAUCUGAAGGGCGGAGAAAUGCGUCCUUUUAUUCUUUUGGCUACCAAGACAAUACAAACUCAUAUUUACAUCCGGAUCAAUAUUUCUCAAUUCAGAGUUUAUCUUACCCACCUUCCAGUGGCCCAGUUCCCCGGGCAGUGAAACCAUAUAUAAACGAACAGUCCGAGCUUUAUGAUUACGGAGUACCCACUAGAGGGAGUUCACAGCAAGCCGCGUAUAAGCAGCGGAACCACUUAGCGCAUGCGCCAAUGAGCAGAGAUGAGCGACGGGCCUUGGCCUUAAAAAUUCCCUUCCCCAUGGAUAAAAUUAUUAAUCUACCUGUGGACGAUUUCAACGAACUACUGUCCCAGUAUACGCUCACUGAUACUCAACUAGCACUAGUCAGAGACAUUCGGAGGAGAGGCAAAAACAAAGUCGCAGCUCAAAAUUGUAGAAAAAGGAAGCUUGAAAGCAUUAUUCAAUUGGAACAAGAACUCAACCAACUUCAGGCUCAGAGACAGCAUCUUGCUCAAGAAAGACUAGAAUUUCAACAAAGUUUAGCCUUCAUCAAAUGUCGACUGUCAGAACUCUACACAGAGGUCUUUGCCUACUUGAGAGACGAAGAUGGUCAACCAUAUUCUAUUAAUGAGUAUUCUCUACAGCAGACACCUGAGGGCAACAUUUAUUUAGUACCGCUUAGUGAAAUGCAGAAAUGA